GGACCUCCCACAACGAGGGAGGCUGAGCUCAAGCUUCGUCUGAGGCUGGUGGAAGAAGAAGCCAACAUCCUGGGGAGGAAAAUAGUGGAACUAGAAGUGGAGAACAGAGGCUUGAAAGCUGAACUUGAUGAUUUGAGAGGGGAUGACUUCAAUGGGACAGCCAAUCCCCUCAUGAGGGAGCAGAGUGAAUCCCUCUCUGAGUUAAGGCAACACCUGCAGUUGGUGGAAGAUGAGACAGAAUUGCUGAGACGGAACUUGGCUGACCUGGAGGAACAAAACAAAAGGAUUACAACAGAGCUGAAUAAGUACAAGUAUAAGUCUGGGGCCCAUGAAAGCUCGAGGCACCAUGACAGCGCCAAGACCGAAGCCCUCCAGGAGGAGCUGAAGGCUGCCCGUAUGCAGAUCAACGAACUCAGUGGCAAAGUCAUGCAGUUGCAGUAUGAGAACCGAGUGCUUAUGUCCAACAUGCAGCGUUAUGACUUGGCCUCCCACCUGGGGAUUCGGGGUAGCCCCAGGGACAGCGAUGCUGAAAGCGAUGCAGGAAAGAAAGAAAGUGAUGAUGACUCCCGUCCACCACACCGCAAAAGGGAAGGGCCCAUUGGUGGAGAGAGCGACUCAGAGGAGGUCCGAAAUAUCCGAUGCCUCACCCCAACCAGAUCCUUCUACCCAACCCCAACCACCUGGCAAAAAAACUUCACAGACCGGCAGCAAAUGAAGGACAUCCGCUCAGAAGCAGAGCGUCUGGGAAAGACAAUAGACCGGCUGAUCUCGGACACCAGUACCAUCAUCACUGAGGCAAGAAUUUAUGUGGCCAAUGGGGAUCUGUUUGGACUGAUGGAUGAGGAAGACGAUGGCAGCAGGAUCCGGGAGCAUGAACUGCUUUACCGGAUAAAUGCACAGAUGAAGGCAUUUCGGAAAGAACUCCAGACUUUCAUCGACAGGCUAGAAGUUCCAAAGUCAUCAGAUGACAGAAGUGCAGAUGAGCCAUUGUCUGUUAGUCAGAUGUUCCAGCCUAUCAUUUUACUUAUUCUCAUUCUUGUAUUAUUUUCAUCACUUUCUUACACAACAAUAUUUAAACUUGUCUUUCUUUUUACACUGUUUUUUGUACUGUAAGCCUUUCGUCAUUUAUUGUUCAUUGUAGUAUUAUUUUCCAUUUGUUUAUUUUGUCCACCCUUCAAGAUAAGAAGUAACAGAAGUAUAGUUUCUGUAGUAGCCAAUGCUAUAAAAACACUGAAGACUGCUUGUUUCUUAAAAAAAAAAAAAGACACACAUACACACACAGCCAAAGCAACUGAUUGAUAUAAGAAUCCUGUCUACAAGAAUAUUUCAGCUAGACACAAAGGCAAGAGAGAUUGUUUCAAAUAAAGUAACUCCCAGCCUCCAAGAAUCAGUAAGAAGAAACAAAGAAUUUUUAAAAAUACAAAAAAAAAUCCUCUUCAUUGGCUCUUACUUGGUUGCCAUGGACCUCCAUAAGCAAUGGGAGACUACAGAGACAAACUCGAUGAAGGAAAAGAUGGAAUUACUGGACCAAUUUGACAAUGAAAGGAAGGAAUGGGAAAGCCAAUGGAAAGUUAUGCAGAAGAAGAUAGAAGAGCUUUGCCAGGAAGUAAAGCUCAGGAGGGAAAGCAAGAAGAAUGGCUGCUCCAAAACCGUUGAACGUGAUCAGAAUGUCCAAAGUAAAAUGGCACCAUUUUGGGCACAUCCCCCAAAUCCAGGACAACAUGACACUGCAGUGCUGAGUGAUGGACUCUGUCCUGUAAAUCUAAGUGUGAACACUAUGAAAGGAGGCAGCUUCCUUGAGGAAAAAAAUCAAAUUAGCAAGGAGCAAAUAGCAAUGAGGAAAUCCAAAGCAGUGUUCAUGGACCCUCUGGCCACAGAGAACCAAAAGAAAUAUGAGGGGGGGUCUUGCUUGAAGAUUUCUGAGGAAGAAAGAAAGAGCUGUACGAAUGCCCUCAAUACAGCUCUUGAGGAACUUGCCAAAGUUAGUGAAGAAUUAUGCAACUUUCAAGAGGAAAUCCGAAAGAGAUCUAACCACAGAAGGAUGAAGUCAACUCCCUUUCUCCAGGAAACAAUUAGCCCAGUUAAUCCUGACAUGAAUCAUGUGAUCAGCAAUGGCUCCCCAACUGCUUUAAUCAGCUUAGAUAAAGAAAAACAGAUAAAUAGAAAGAAGCUAAUCCAUUUUGAUGAUAUGCCCCCUGACUCUCCUGUUGAGAACAGGGAAUCAGAUACACUUUCUUUGCAAAGGAAUGAAACUCCACCAAUCCCUCCUCCAAGAAGCACUUCUCGAAAUUUGCCAAGCUCAUAUUCUGAAGAUCGCCCAGUCUUUGAUGAUCCAAAGAAAAAUUUAGACAGCAGGUGGGAGACACAAGACUGCAAAGGUAAAAGGAACUGUAGUAGUAACUUCCCUGCAAAGCAGCAUGAAGUAACCAUGUCCUGCUCACAUAAACAGAAUACUUUGAAAGAUCAAAUUACUUUUGCCAGUUCAGGGCAAAUAGCCAAAGUAGAUAGUGAAACUCAGUGUAAUAAGGACCUGGAGACUAAUAUAUGGUCACAGGAUAUAGACAAGCUUAGAACAGGUACAAAGAGUGUGCCCUCAACCUUGUGGUUUCCAAAAACUUGCCCUAACUCUGAUAAGCUUCCAUAUGAAAGGUUGAUCCAAAGCCACGAGGCUAAAUCUGAUUCUGCUUUUCAUGUAAGUGAUGCCCUGAAUUCUUUGAAACCUAACAGUGAUUCAUUUACAGGAGUUGGUUGCAACUUUGAAAAGAUUUCAAAGAAUGAAAAAUUGGCAGCAAAGACAGAUGAAUUUAACAGAAUUGUAUUUCGAACAGACAGAUGUCACAGUUCAGCACAGCAUAUUGAGAGACUCUUAAAUUCAUCCAAAGACUCUAAGCCCUGUGGUCCAUCAUGUACAUGUGCAGUUCACGUAAAAGAAAAUGACAAACUGUGUUGUGUUCAGAACAAUAGCCUUUCAGUGCCCAAAGAGAGAAUGUCAAAUAGUUUUACCAAAAAAGUCAUGGGAGAGCAAGUUAAGCAAGCACAGGAGCAUCCAAAUGCUAGCAAUUAUCAUCACAUGUUUCAUGAGCAUAACUGGAGACCAAGUAAUUUGUUAGGUCGUCCACGGUCAGCUGAUCCCAAGUCAAACUAUGGAGUAGUGGAAAAGCUGCUGAAAAACUAUGAGAAAUCGACAGGGUCUUUGUCACAAAACUUGAAAUGCUGCCAAGAUCAAUGGACCAAAUCGGACUGUAAUGUCAUCAAGAGUGACAAGGACACCUUUAAUCAGUAUUUAGAAAUGUUUCAACCAGGACAAGAAAAGCAAGAGCUUCAGAUGAAGUCAGCCAUGUCUAUGGAGCAGCAAAGCAAGCAAGGAAUAGAGAAGAAAGAAUUAACAGAGGAGUCUGUGGCAAUGAAAUCAACCAAUGGGAAAGGGUUUUCUCGGCCUGCCCGGCCAACAAAUCAACGCCCACCUUCCCGAUGGGCACCCAGAUCCCCAUCUGCACCCCCGGCCUUGAAGAAGACUGUGUAUGGCUAUUCUUUUUCACCGCAAUCAGAGACCACGGUUGUCUGAGUCUCCCUAAGACAGGAUGGGUGGACGCUACGGCCAAAGCUCUGGACCUUCUUUCCAAACAGAGCAUUCUGUGUGUUUGGAGCCAGUGUCCUGCUCUGUAUCCUUCAAGAUUAAGAAUUCCAUCUCUUGAUAUACAGAACAAGCAGUUAAAAAAAAUCUUAACUUUCCAUCAGUCUUCAGUGUUUUUAAUCGACGGAUGAACCAUCUUUCUGUAUUUGUUUUUGUUUGUUUAAUAGUGCAGCACAGCUUUUUUUAAAUGUCAUCCUCAUUGAUUUGCCAAUUGGAUUUAUGUUUAAACAGUGUACAAUUUUGUAUAUUCUAAUGUUCCUGCUAGUGGCAGGAAGUGAGCUUGUAUGCAUGACAAUGUGUCUGUAGGUGCAUGUGUCGAAUAGGAAGUAUCCUGGUAUGUACUUAGGUGAGUCAAACUUAUGUGCUAGUGUUGACCUUACAAUUAUAACCUGUAUGCCUAUAUAUUCUUUGUGUUUAUUUUAAAAGUUUGAAAAUAUACAGUACUGAUAUUUAUAUUUUGUUUAUCUCUUACUUAGAUAAGAAUACCCAGGUAUUCAGCUAUGGUGUUCGGGGUACAGAGAAAAAGCUGUUCUAACACCCUAACUGCAGCAACAUGCAUUGCAAAAUAUGUAUCAUAUACAGACUCGAGCUUAGUGGAGUAACUUUGAUAGUAUUCUUAUAGCACUUCUUAACCUUUAUAAUGAGAAAACACCAUAGUUGAACUGAUUUUUUCCCCUUUUGUAAUGAGAAAAUUGCAUAAUUUGUACCAGAGUAGCCUCCUUUCGCAGACAGUCCUGCCUAAAAUACCCACAGAUACUUUUCUGCAUUGCUCAGUACAGGAGGUAGGUUUUACGCGAUGCUUGCCUCACUGUAAUUUGGGCAACCAGAUUCAUGGGAAACUAAAUCUUAAGGAGCUUCUUUUGGUAUUUUAGUAACAAAACCCCCUUCAAGGGGGCAUGAAAUGGAUCUGCUUUGUACUGAAUUCUUCUCUCUAAUGAAUAAUGCUCAAUUCAAUUCCACAAGACUUUAUUAAGCUUCUAUUAUGUGCCAGGCACUGGGGAUACAAAGCAAAAUAGUACCUGCCCUCAAACAGCUUACAUUCUGUUGGUGGGAAAGAACAUGUGUUUAAACAAGGUUUUUGUGUAGUCAUGCUAUCUAGACUAAUGAACCUUCAGUUUUUUACAUUUUUCCAUCUCUUUCCCUAAAAUUAUUGGGAUAAAAGAAUAAUUCACUUUGUAUUGUGAAACAAGAAUCAUAUUUUGAUUCCCAUCUAAAUUAUGGAGACUUUUCUCUUUUUCUGCUGCAAACAAGUUACUAAGUAUCUAUGUUCCUGUGUAACAUCAGUUACAGUUUUGCAGUUGUAAACCUGAAUUCAGAGAGCACAUAAAUUUCAUUUACAAACCUGAGGAAAACCAAAGUGCUCUAAUGCCUGAAACAUUAGGACUGAAGGUCUGAGAAGUAACCAUGACCUUUCACUUGUCUCUCUGACAGGUUUUAUACUAUGUUUAUUUCUCAAGUAUUAAUUUCUUUCAAGGGCUUCCUCUGCUGCCAAAAAGUUACUUGGUUCACAUGAUAGGAGUCCUGUCCCCACAGGGAUUCAAAGAGCCUUUUUUUUAUCAGUAACCAGAUUAGGAAAAUGUACAUUAGCCUAGACCAGGCCUUGAGGUAGAGUAUUUAGGUCUUAAAUCCCAGCUUGCCUUAAAAAGCUCAGGGCUGUUGCAUUGUGAUGGAUUGAGGUUUAAUUUUUAACUGUAGAACAGAUGGAGUUUAACAAGAGUUAAACUGCCUGCUUCUAGAGAUCUCAAUGGUUUUAGAUUUGGGCCAUUAGGAUUUCAGGACCAUCGUCCUCCAUCUUUUUUAGUGCAUUGCAAGUCUUCAUCAUAACACAAUGCUGCCACCCUCAGAGAAAAUCUACAUAAAUUCCAAAUUGUGUGACUCUCAAAGCAUGUGCAUUUUUCCAUUUGGAGCUAGGGAAGGUUGGGGAAGGAGAGAGCAGAACAGCUCUGAGAAGUAUGGUCUGUGGUAUAAAAUUCUGUAUUUACUGGGAAACCAAUACUGUGUGGCAUGGCGAGAGGGACCCAAUAAUGAAUGCCUGGAUGCCGACUAGUUUGUUGUUCUUGCUUGUGUUCUAUCCUUGAGGAGCUAAUGUAGAUGCCAUCUCUUGAUAAGGUAGAUGUUAACCUUUGCAUUCUUGCCAUUUUAAUUUUUACUACAUUUUAAAUGAAUUAGUGAUACACUUGACAAAACAUUUUUUACCUUUAUCUGUAUGGUUUCUUUCUAAAUAUGCUAUAGCUUUCUCAGGAAAAAAAAAACUACCAGGUGUGUGGAAAAUGAUUCUUUAUUAAUAUUUGUGUUAGUGUUGGGAUUUAAUGGAUGAGUUUUCAAAAUUAAAUGAUAGAAUACUUAUGCAUUCUUGGAACUUUUAAAAAGUGUAAUGGAUACUUUAGUAAUACACUCUAAAAGGUGCAGAUAAGUUGCUGAUCUGCAGGGUUGAAGGGAGCUCCCUACACUGAUGAAAUCACACAUGUAGAUCAAAAAACAAUGCCCACACUGCAAGAUGAAUGGCUUCUGGUAUAUAUAGAAACACUUUCAUUAUGACUGGUUUCUCUUAACCAAACAUUUUGGAAAAGACUUAGAGCAAUCCAAAUUCAUAUGAUCAGCUUUCACUGUCCUUAGUGAGACUAUCAGCCUAGACUAAAUAUGGUAACUGGCACUUCUUGUCCCUUGCCAUUCAAAUUUUGGAAAGCCAACAGUUUAACCCAGGGAACGGAAUGGGAACAGGACUAAACAAAGAGGGGAGUAUGUGAAUUUCUAGUAUGUGUGCUUGUGUGUUUAUCUGAGUUUAUGUCUGAGUGUUCUGUAUGUCUCUUUGUGUUCCAAGGCCAAAUAUUAUUUGGAUUAUCAGCUGUUUUUAUUAUCCCUAACUCUUCUCUUCUCCUUUAGCCCAGGUAAUUAUGUUGGUUGUGUUUUAUUUUUAAGACAGUCUCACGAAGUUGACACUAAACAAUGGUUAUUGUCAAAUAAAUAAGGUUUCACAGUGG